CAAAGAAAAGCGAUGUUGGUAUAAAAGCUGCAGCCAGCGGUGGACUCACCAUCAGUUACCCACUUGCUUGUUUCACAGUUUCAUUUCACUCGGAUUAAAUAUGAAAUUGUUGGGAGUUGUCUGUCUUUUUGCCUUGGUGCUUCUUGCAUCCGCCGAAGAUGAAAAGAAACCAGUGGCUGAAGCUAAGGUAGAUGACUCCGGUGCAGCCGAAAGCGCCAACCUCGAGGACAAGAAACAGGACAAACGUGGCCUGCACGGCUGGACCAGCUUUGGAGGCUUCGAGGAGAAACAUGACGUGCCCCACUUCGAAACUCACGAGGAGAAGACCUUGACUGUGGUGAAGAAGGUUCCGGUCCCAUACCCAGUGGAGAAGCACAUCCCAGUGGCUGUCGAAAAACACGUUCCAGUUGCCGUCAAGGUUGGAGUGCCCAAGCCUUACCCAGUGUACAAGACUGUCCACUACCCAGUCAAGGAAAUCGUUAAGGUCCCAGUCCAUGUGCCAGCUCCUUACCCCGUGGAAAAGAAGGUCCCAUACCCAGUCCAUGUCCCAGUCGACAACCCAGUCCCCGUCAAGGUAUACGUUCCAGCUCCUUACCCGGUAGAGAAGAAGGUCCCAGUCGCUGUCAAGGUCCCAGUCCCAGCCCCAUACCCAGUUGAGAAGAAGGUCUUGGUCCCGGUCAAGGUCCCAGUCCAUGUCGACAAGCCAUACCCAGUUGAGAAGAUUGUGCACUACCCAGUCCAUGUCCCAGUUGACCGCCCAGUCCCAGUUCAUGUUGAAAAGCCAGUGCCAGUCCCAGUUGAGAAGCCUGUCCCAUACACUGUUAUCAAGAAGAUCCCAUACCCAGUCCAUGUCCCAGUCGACCGUCCAGUCCCAGUGCACGUUGACAAGCCAGUGCCAGUCCCAGUCAAGGUCCCAGUGCCACAACCCUACCCAGUUGAAAAGCACAUCCCAUACCCAGUAGAGAAGCAGGUCCCAUACCCAGUCAAGGUCCCAGUCGAGCGCCCAGUUCCAGUUGAGAUCGAAAAGCACGUCCCAGUCUACAUUGAGAAGCCAGUCCCAUACCACGUCAAGGUCCCAGUCCAUGUUCCAGUCCACCACGAGGAACACCACCACGUCGAGGAACACAGCUACGGUUCGUCCGAUGAUCAUCACGAAUUCCAUGAGCAUCACUAAGUCAAGAAGAGCCCCCAACAUUUCAUUAUUUAUAUCGCAAAACUUGUGAUCUUAGUUUCUAAACGACACUAACACCCCAAACUACUAACAGAUGGAAGAAACCUACAUCACCCACCUACCAACUAGAAACAAAAGCCUGAGAUUCUAAGAACAAAAACUGAUCAAAUUUUGAGCAUCGUGCGAUCCGCGACUUGUCGAUCCCCGCAAUCCCGCGAACGAUCCGCACCACCAGCAAAUGCCAGUUGAAGCGAGGACCUCCCUCCGAAAGGUAGGACUUCCAGCAGCUUACGAACUGUACAGUCGCAACAGCGAAUGGGGAACCUACCCCAGAAAAUCAAUGCUCACCACAUCGCAGGUCCACCUUCCCUGUAAGCUGGUGGUGCCUCCUUCUGAGGGGAUCCAUGGGCGGAUUGCACAAGUAAAUCCAACAUUUUCGCGAGUGAUCAGAAAUUUUAGUUUUUUGAACCGAGCCCCGACCUCCCCAAAAGGGUGCUUCCUACUUUUCAUCUGUAAUGUUCCAUCUCGGUUCGGUUCGAAGAAGAAAAUUUCCGAAUAUCGUAUUCCUAAUAGAGAAAACUCAGAACACACACACCCAGGCGUUAGUCACCUAUCACCACCAUCAGCUAGAGCUUAGAGAUCGAAUAUGCUCAGUUUAAACCCAAGAAACCCCAAGUUAAUUUGUUGUUGUAUAGAUUUUUAGUAAGAGUGAAACAAGCCAAGCAAGUAUGAGCGAAAGAAACAAAAAACGAGAGAGACAAGAAAUUAAGACAUAACUGUUACAUGAUUGUUGUUUGUAAAUAUUAUAUUCAAAGCAGAAGACACUCACGCGCGCAAAGAGGAAAAAAGAGCUACCCCCCUAUUUUACUGUUGCCUAAAAAGGAAGGAUUUUUUGUGUUUUUCCCGAGAAAAAUUGUACAAGUGAGGAAUGUUGUCCAAAAUAUUUGUUUGCUGUUAGCGCCUCCAAUCACUCCAUCCUAAGUGCAUUGUACCAUUUUUUGCGAGAAUUGUUCUGUUUAUAUUUUUUACAUAAAAAAAAGACAAGUGAGAUAUUACAAAAGAACCAAAAAAAAAUUGAAAUAAAAAAUUGUGAUACAAAAAAAAACGAAACCUCA